CAUAUUCCCUGUGCCUCUUAAGUAGAUGAAAUCAACUGAACUAUGUACUUCUAUGAGGUUAUAAGAGGUUAUAUUUUUGAAAACAAUGAAGUUUUUACAUGUGUAACCCUUAUAUUUUUAAAUUAAUGAAUUACUUAUCCAAUUUUUGAAAGAAUAUCUCAAUAAACCGUAACAAGAGAUCUCAUCAUAGUUGUUCUGAGGUUGCGUAGCUUUAGUCUUUAAUUUCAGAUCGCCACCAUGGAUUUAUUUAUUAUUAACAGAUAUAAUGACACAAAUGAUGAUACACAUAUAAUAGAACAAGAAGCAAAACGCCUAGAACAAUUGAAGCAAAGAAUUGAAGAACGUAGAAAAGCAUUUUCAGUAAAAAAAUCGUCUGAUGUCAUUACUUUGAAAGAAGAAAAACAAACUGAAAUUUUACCUGACCUUCCCGUUUCUACUAAUGAUGAUUUGCCAACGGAAAUACCAAAACCAAAUACACCUCCAAAACCAAAAGAAAAAAUUUAUGCUGAAAAACAAAAAGAAUUUAAAGUUCUUGGAUCAAGUGACUUUCAAAAAAAAUCUAAGGUGCAGAGAAUAUUACCAUACUGGCUAUCGCAUCCUACAGUUGUAUCAAGAGAUUUAAAUGAACUAUCUUGUCCAGUUGAAGAACAAGAAUGGCUACACCCAGUAAUAAAGUCUACUUUAUUGAGCGAAGGCAUAACAAAACUAUUUCCAGUUCAAAAUCAAGUGGUACCAUUCAUUUUAAAUGAGCAUACAUUGCCAAAAUUAUUUCAACCUCGUGACGUUUGCAUCUCAGCACCAACAGGAAGUGGCAAAACACUGUCAUUUGUCAUACCUAUAGUGCAGCUUCUAAUGAAAGAUGUGGGUUGCAAAAUACGAGCACUUGUGGUAUUACCAGUACAAGAGUUAGCUGCUCAAGUUGCUAAAGUAUUUAAGAAGUAUUGCAAUAGAACUCAUCUUAAAGUUGCUCUCUUGAGUGGUUCAGUUCCCUUUCAACAGGAACAGCAAGAGCUUGUCAGAUUUACUGAAUCAGUAGGAUGGGUCAGUAAAGUAGAAAUCAUUGUAUGUACAGCAGGAAGAUUGGUUGAGCACUUAAAGACUACAGAAGGUUUCAAUUUACAACAUUUAAAGUUUUUAGUUAUUGAUGAAGCUGACCGAAUUAUGGAUAACAUACAAAAUGAUUGGCUCUACCAUGUUGAUCAUCAUAUCAAACAAGGGAGUGAAUUGAUGACAGGGAAAGUUCAGAGUUUAAAUUGGAAAAAUGUGAGUAAACAAAAAUUAGCACCCCAAAAAUUACUCUUCUCUGCCACAUUAUCCCAAGAUCCAGAGAAGUUGGAACAGUGGGGGCUAUUUCAACCAAAAUUGUUUUCUGCUGCCACUAAUGAAUGUUUUGAAGAUGAAGACCAAAUCAGAAAAUAUGCUACACCUGCAGAACUUAAGGAACACUAUGUUGUAUGUGAAGCAGAGAACAAACCUCUUGUACUUUAUAAUUUUUUAGUAGAACAAAAAUGGGAUAAAGUAUUAUGUUUUACAAAUGCUGCUGAAACAACUCACAGGCUAACUGUACUUUUAAACACAUGGGCUUGUAAAGGAUUAAAAGUAGCUGAAUUGUCAGCCGCUUUAGAUAGAUCAAUGAGGGAAAAUGUUUUAAAGAAAUUCAUGCUCUCUGAAAUUGAUGUGUUAAUCAGCACUGAUGCAUUAGCCAGAGGUAUCGAUAUACCAGAUUGCAACUACGUAAUAUCUUAUGAUCCUCCACGGAACAUAAAAACAUACAUACAUCGAGUUGGUAGAACAGGAAGAGCUGGAAAGAUUGGUAAAGCAGUAACUGUGCUAUUGCCAAGUCAAAUCAGCUUAUUUAAGGAUCUUAUAAAAGCAGGAGGAAAAGAGGAAAUUCCGGAAAUUAAAAUUAAUACUGAUGUAAUUGAUCGUUUAUUCGAAAGUUAUGCAUCUGCCAUGAACACAACGAGAGAAAAAAUAAAUUCAGAGCUAAACUUGAAAAUUAAAAACUCAAUAGAAAUUAAAAGAAGUGCUAAAAGUAAAAUUCAAAAGAGAAAAAAAUAGUGUUAUAUUAAUAGAAUAAAUAUUGUUAGAUAGAUAAA